AUGGCUGCUAUGUUUUAUAUCAAAACUACAUCGUCAUUCUUCCUAGUUCUGUGUUUUACUGUGAUCCUGUUUACUUUGUCAUGCUUUUCUGCUGAUCCCGACCCGCUUCAAGACAUUUGUGUUGCUGACUUGAACUCCACUAUUCGUGUCAAUGGGUUCUCUUGCAAGCCGGAGUCCCAAGUUACAUCAGAGGAUUUUUUCUUUAGUGGCUUGACAACUGGAGCAAGCACAGCGAAUCCCUUCGGGAUUGGAUUGAAACGUGGUGAUGUAACCACCUUCCCUGGGUUAAACACCCAAGGACUUACGGUAAGCCGAAUCGACCUCGUACCUGGUGGAAUUAUUCCACUUCACGUUCACCCUCGAGCAAGUCAGGCUAACCUUCUCAUAAAAGGGAAAAUAUAUUUCGGGUUUGUAACUACUACUGAUGUUUUAUACGCAAAGGUUAUGAAACCGGGAGAGUUGAAUAUUAUUCCUAGAGGACUUGUGCACUUUGCAGCCAAUGUUGGUCCUGGGAAUGCUGUUGUGUUAGCUAUUCUCAAUAGUCAACUUCCUGGAUUUUCAACACUUCCUUUUAACCUCUUUAAUUCUACCCCAACAAUUCCUGAUUAUAUUUUGGCUAAGAACUUCCGAGUUGAUGAGAAGGUCAUUGAUAUUAUAAAGUCUAAGUUUGCUCCCAAUGGUUCUUUGGCUAUUGCAAAAAGGGAGGAUAUAUAG